AUGAUGAUGGAGAUGAUGAUGAUGAUGAUGAUGAUGAUGAUGAUGAUGAUGGAGAUGAUGAUGAUGGAGAUGAUGAUGAUGAUGGAGAUGAUGAUGGAGAUGAUGAUGAUGGUGGGCAUGGCAAGGUCAGUGAAGACUGUGAGGACGGUGAUAGCGGACGCGAAGUUAGGAGGGAAGUUGUGCCAACUGAUGAAAGAGGAGGAGGUAGAGGAGAGAGCUUCAGCAGCGGUGUGCAACCUUGUGCUUGUCUUCUCUCCCGUUCGGGUUGAGAUCGUCCGGCAUGGCGGCAUCGCCAUCCUCGUCGCCCUCCUGCGCCGCGAGCAAGCAGAGGACAAGAAGGAAAGUCAGCCGGAGAGCAGCUGGGAGGGAGCAGCAGAACAAAGACGACAAGGAGGAGGAGGAGGGGCAGCUCUCAAUGCAGUGUGGGGGCUAAGGAACUUAGUGUACAUGAGCGAAGAGGAGACGAAAGUGAAGGUGCUCGAGCAGUUGGGAGACUUGCUGCCCUCUCUCCUCUGCACCAAGACCCACAGCGAGCUGUUCCUACAGCAGGCGCUUGGCCUCAUGAGAAACUUUGCGCACGCGAGGAAGGAAGACGCGGCGCUGUUGCUCGAGCAUGUCAGUCGAAACUUCACCGGCAACCAAGACAAGUGGCAGGAGAACUUUCUCGCAGCAGUCGCCUCCUGCAUCGCCUCCUCCACGUUGCUCGCGUACGAAGCCAUGCUUCUCCUCAACAACCUUGCUGCUCACACAGUUGAAAUGCGAGGAGCGAUACUGGACGCCUCGUUCCUCCUUCAGGCCAUCAACGCUGCCCUGUUGAAGAGCUCGCAGGAGGGCAGGCUCAGGAUCGCUCUCGCCCUCCUCCUCUUCCACCUCCUCGGGCUCGGCAACUCGCGCAUCCUCCGCGACUUCGACGCAGAGAUUCUCCUCAACUCGUCGGUGCUGGACAAACUUCGACGCGAGGGCCUCGCUGAGAGGUUCAGAGGGAGCCCUUCCUGGCGCUCUCCUCUCCCCGUCCACAUCCGGUGA